AUGGAUGACAUGAGCGAAGAUCUUAUCAAUUUUCUUGUGGAUACCGCUAUUCAAAGCGAAAAGAAGGCUGUAAAGAGAAAAAGCGAAAGCUGGCAGAAGCUGGUGCCUUCCAUCAAGAAAAUGGAAAUGGAUGACCCUGUUGAACAGUUUAAAAAGGAUUACCAAAAUGCACAGCCAUAUGAAAGCGACAUGAGCUUCUAUAUGUUGGCCACUGGGAAGGUAUUAUAUCAAAAUUAA